CUGCUACUCUCUUAACCUUACUUACUUAACCUCUGGCAAACGUGGAAAACUGUGUUGUCAUCGGUAAAGCGAAGUCUUUACGGUUAUUCGAUAGAUUGAGAUUUAUUUCGAAAAUGGCCUUACUCGACACCUACCAGAAUGGAUCUUUUCCAGAUUAUGAAAUUCCGGGCGCGAAGAAAGUAAACUUCAGUCCUUACGCUGAUAAUGGAGGGAGUGUCGUCGCUGUCUCCGGAGACGACUUCUCUAUCAUCGCAGCUGAUACUCGUCUCAGUAGCGGACUCUCUAUUUGCACUCGUAAUCAGGAUAAAUUGUUUCCUCUCUCCGACACAACGGUCCUGGGUUGCUCGGGUUGCUGGUGCGAUACAUUAACUUUAACGCGUGUCUUACAAGCCCGCUUGCAGAUGUAUAAACAAGAGCAUAAUAAGGAGAUGUCGACUCCUGCUGCUGCGCAGAUGCUAUCGACAAUGCUGUAUUAUAAACGAUUCUUCCCAUAUUACGUCAGUAAUAUUUUGGCCGGAAUAGAUGAAAAUGGUAAAGGAUGCGUUUACACUUACGAUCCGAUCGGCCAUUGUGAAAAAUUUGCAUAUAGAGCGGGUGGAGCAGCAGGCGCGCUUCUGCAACCUCUGUUAGACAAUCAGGUCGGCUUGAAAAAUCAAGAAAUCCCAGAUGAGACACCGUUGACCCAAGAUCGAGCCUUAGGCAUCGUCAAGGAUGUGUUCAUAUCUGCAGCCGAAAGAGACAUUACGACCGGAGAUGGAAUUACUAUCAAGAUCAUAACAAGAGAUGGUGUCAAAACUGAAACCCAUGAGUUGAGAAAGGAUUAAUCAAUACACACAUUUUACACUGUAUCUUCGAAGAAUUAUAAACAAGUUUCUGCACUCCA